GUGUGUGUGUCAGUUAUUUCAGUGUGUUUGGUCAGCUGCUUUUAUUUUGAAAUGACCGUUCCGGAAGCCGGCUCGUCUCCGUGUGUCUCUGCUCGGUUCGCUCGUGACGUGUCUCCCGGUAAAAACCCACUGGACUGACGGUUCGCCUCUUCUCUUCACCGGAGCUUCAGCGGCACCGCUGCGCCACGGAGCCCCGCUCUCCUGCUCCUCUCACCGGCCUGACGAGCCGCUGACAGCGCCGGUCCUCAGGAUGAGUCCGGUACCGAGCAGCGGAUAAGGGACCCGGGGACAGGGAGCAUCUUCCCGGUUGGAGGAGACUGACGCACCGUGUUUUUAUCUUUUUCCUACAAUGUCACCACCAAGGAGACGCGGCUGAGGCUCCCGCUCUGGUCCCCGCUGCCCGGCCCCUGUCAGCUCCUCCUGCCGGUGCAGCUAACGUUCGAUCCGGGAUGAGCGGAACCGGACCUUCCCAUCACUUCUGACCGGGGUUUGUGGGGGCGAGGGGGGGUUCUCUUCGGAUGAGAACCGGCCGGAGCGGAGGAGGAGCAGCGGCAGCAGCAGCCACCGGGACCCGAAGUGACAACCUGCUCCCCGGGGGGAGAGAGGCAGCGAGGCGGCCAGAGGAGGAUGUGAAGAUGGGCUCAGUGCUCCGGCUCCUGUGGAUCAUCACCGGCUUCAUCCAGGGCGGACACGGCCAGGGCGUGUACGCGCCUCCCACAGUGCGGAUUGUGCACUCAGGUCAGGCCUGUAACGUGGAGGAGGAGCACUACAGUGAGAGAGUUUUCACCAUCAGAGAGGGAGAGACUCUGGAGCUGCAGUGUUUGGUGACAGGACACCCCCGACCACAGAUUCGUUGGACUAAGACUGCGGGCGGAGCCUCGGACCGCCAGGGUGACUCCUCCCUGCACAAUGAGACUCUGAGGAUAGAAACCAUCAGCCGCCACCAGGGGGGGCGCUACUAUUGCAAAGCUGAGAACGGACUGGGGUCACCGGCCAUCCGCUCCGUACGAGUCGACGUCUACUACCUGGACGACCCGGUGAUCACAGUUCAUCAGAGUGUCGGUGAGGCGAAGGAGCAGUUCUACUUUGAGAGGACGGUGUUUAUUCGCUGCGUGGCCAACUCCAACCCACCGGUUCACUACACCUGGAGGAGGGGCCGCAGUGUGCUGACGCAGGGCUCCGACUCUGGGGUGGAGAUCUACGAACCCUUUUUCACACAGUUGGAUGAACCUCCUCCCUCCAUUAAACUCCUCCUGGACGACCCCCUGGUGGUGAACCCGGGGGAAACGAUCACUCUGGUGUGCAUGGCGUCAGGUGGAGACCCUCCCCCCACCUUCACCUGGGUGAAGCCCGGAGGGGAGGAGCUCCCAAAGAGGGGCGUAGUCAGUGGGGGCACCCUGACCAUCCCCGCCAUAACUAUUGAGGACGGUGGCGCCUACAGCUGUGUGGCGUCCAACAACGUGGGAAACCCUGCCAAGAAAUCCACCACCAUACUGGUCAGAG